AUGAUCCGGAAACAGGCCCGACAACGGCGCGACUACCUCUAUCGCAAGGCGCUUAUAUUGAAAGAGGCGGAGACGACCGAGAAGCGCGCCCAGCUACGAUCUGCUCUUGCUUCUGGCAAGCCCAUCGACCCCGAAAUCGCAAAGAACAAGGCGCUGCGGAAAGACUACCAAUAUGACGAGUCGCGACCCGAUCGAACAGUCGAUGAGGAGAUGGAUCUCGACGACGAAUACUCCCAGCUGUCGGGAAUCUCGGAGCCACGGCUUUUGGUUACAACUUCAAGAGACCCGUCCUCAAGGCUUUCAGCCUUCUCCAAAGAGAUCAGAUUGCUCUUCCCUACAUCCGUUCGGCUCAAUCGUGGAAAUUUGAUUCUUCCGGACAUUGUGCAGUCCAGCAAGUCCAACGGGCUCACAGACAUUGUCCUCCUUCACGAACAUCGCGGUGUACCGACUGCCAUGACCAUUUCUCAUCUUCCCCACGGCCCUACGCUAUCCAUGUCGCUCCACAACGUUGUACUCAGAGCAGAUAUACCCGGAAGUAUCAGAGGAUCCGUCUCAGAGGCUUUCCCACGGUUAAUAUUUGAGGGUUUUAAGAGCCGGCUUGGACAGCGGAUCGUGAAGAUCCUGAAACAUCUUUUCCCUCCGCUCGAUCCCCCGACCACCAAGGCUAAGGUAGGGUCAAGGGUAGUGACAUUUGUGAACAAUGAAGACUCCAUUGAAGUCAGACAUCACGUUUUUGUCCGGACUUCGUACGAUUCUGUCGAGCUCGCUGAGGUUGGACCUCGGAUGACGAUGCGCCCCUUCGAGAUUCGCGGUGGAACCUUGGAAAACAAGGAUGGCGAUGUUGAGUGGCACCUUACACAGUACACUCGUACUGGUAGAAAGAAGGAGUACCUGUGA